AUGUCUCCUCACCUAAUGGAACUAAGUACUUCCACCACUCUACUUGUCUACCCUGCAUCACAGGCAGAAGAUGAGUCGAAAGAAGAGAAUGGAGUGUUUGGUUUUAACUCAAAUUUUCAAGAACUGAAAGGGGAAAUGCCAAAAGAGUUCUUUUGGCCUUCAGGGGAUUUGGUUAAGGCCACACAAGAAGAGUUAAUGGAACCCCUUGUGGAUUUGGGAGUGAUGAGGAAUGGUGAUGAGAAAGCCAUUGCCAUUGCUGCAGAGCUUGUGAGAAAUGCGUGCUUAAAGCAUGGGUUCUUCCAAGUUAUCAACCAUGGUGUGAACCCAGAUCUCAUAGACGCUGCUUACCAUGAAAUUGACACCAUUUUCAAGCUCCCUAUCACCAAAAAACUCACUGCUCAGAGAAAACCUGGUGCAGUCUCUGGUUACUCUGGUGCUCAUGCAGAUCGUUACUCCUCCAAAUUGCCUUGGAAAGAGACUUUUUCUUUCCUCUUCCAUCACCAAGGCUUCUCCAAUUCCCAGAUUGUUGACUACUUUCACUCUGUCUUAGGCCAGGACCUUCAACACACAGGGAGGGUGUAUCAAGAGUACUGCGAAGCAAUGAAGGAGUUAAGUUCAGUAAUAAUGGAGCUUUUGGGAAUUAGUUUGGGAGUGGAUGGUUUGCAUUAUCGAAGAUUUUUUGAAGAUGGAGACUCAAUAAUGAGGUGCAACUAUUAUCCACCUUGCAACAGUGCGAACCUGACAUUAGGAACUGGCCCUCACACUGAUCCAACAUCACUCACUAUUCUUCAUCAAGACCAAGUUGGAGGCUUAGAAGUUUUUGCUGAUAACAAAUGGCGUGCUGUUCGCCCUCGAUCUGAAGCCUUCGUCGUGAACAUCGGUGACACUUUCAUGGCAUUGUCAAAUGGGAGAUACAAGAGUUGUCUUCAUAGGGCACUGGUGAACACAUACAGAGAGAGAAGGUCACUGGUUUACUUUGUGUGUCCAAAAGGGGACAAAGUGGUGAGACCUCCAAAGUUUCUGAUAACCAAAAAUGAAGAAAGAAAGUACCCUGAUUUUACAUGGUCAAGUUUGCGUGAAUUCACACAGAAACACUAUAGGGCUGAUGUUGCUACACUCCAAAGCUUCAUACAGUGGCAAAGCUCUUCAAACUCCUCCAACUUCUAGUUCUUCAUGUCAUCAUCAUUAUGUAUUAUUUGCUUUUGCAUAGUAUCAAAGUUGCACUUUCAAAGUCAUGUA